AUGGACAAGAAGCCCAGUGAACAGCCUUUCAAGGCUGUCGAAGCUCACGACCAGGCGACUGAGAAGAUCGAACACCUGCCCGACCAUGAGCUCACCACCAUCCCCAGCAACGCCGAGGGCCAUGUCUCCUAUGGCAAGAGCGGCAUGAAGGGUCUCGUCGAGUCCCCCUACGUGCUGGGCGCCGCCUUCCUCGCAUCCAUGGGAGGCUUCUCGUUCGGCUACGACCAGGGCGUCAUCUCCAUCGUGAACGUCAUGGACGAAUUCCACAAGACCUUCCCGCAGUCCAACACGGCAUUCGGCAAGGGUUUCAUGACGGGCAUGCUCGAGUUCGGUGCCUUCCUCGGUUGUUUCUUCAUGCCCACCCUGGCCGACAUGAUCUCGCGAAAGCGCGCCCUCACCGUCGUCGUCGUCAUCUUCAACAUCGGCGCCAUCAUGCAGACGGCUGCGCAGUCGUACGGCGUGCUCGUCGCGGGCAGGACCAUCGGUGGCAUCGGCGUCGGCACUUUGGCCAUGGGCGCACCCAUCUACAUCUCUGAAAUCGCACCCCCGAACCUCCGCGGCACGCUCCUCGUUCUCGAAUCCAUCUCCAUCGUCACCGGCGUCGUCUCCUCCUUCUGGAUAACGUACGGAACACGCCACCUCGAAGGCCAAGCCUCGUUCCGCGUGCCCUUCGGUCUCCAAAUGGUGUGUUCGACCAUCCUCGGAAUCGGCAUCCACUUCUACCCCUACUCGCCGCGUUGGUUGGCGCUGGUGGACCGCCCGCGUGAAGCGCUGCAGAGCCUGUCGCGCCUGCGGAGGCUGCCCGAGACGGACGUGCGCGUGCAGAUGGAACACGCCGACAUUCUCAGCGAGGUCGAGAUCGAGCGCUGCGUGCAGGAGAAGCGCCACCCCGGCGCGAAGCGCCUCAAGCUCGAGGUGCUCGGCUGGUUGGAUCUCUUCCGCAAGAAGGUGUGGCGCCGCACCGCUGUCGGCGUCGGCGUAGCCUUCUUCCAGCAGUUCUCCGGCAUCAACGCUUUCAUUUACUACGCGCCCACCCUCUUCCAGAGCCUCGGACAGAGCGCCGAGAUGAGUUUGGUUCUGUCCGGUGUCUUCAACACUCUGCAGCUCGUCGCCGUGGCCCUGUGUUUCGUCAUCAUCGAUAAGGUGGGCAGGCGGCCGUUGGCCAUCUUCGGCGGUGCUGGCGGUGGUGUCGCGUGGACCAUCAUGGCCGUGUUGACCGGGUUGUACUCCAAGAACUGGUUCGCCAACCCGGCGGCGGGAUGGGCGGCGGCGGCCAUGGCCUUCUGCUUCAUUCUGGUGUUUGGAGUGUCGUAUUCGCCAUUGGGAUGGGCUCUGCCCGCCGAAGUGUUCCCCAACGCAAUGAGAUCGAAGGGUGUGGCCUUGUCGACGGCGGUGAAUUGGUUGUGCAACUUCAUUGUUGGUGUGGCAACGCCGCCGAUGCUGGAAAACCUCGGGUUCGGGACUUAUGUGUUCUUUGGUUUUUGGUGCUACUGCGCUGCCGUCUGGGCUUUCUUCCUUGUGCCCGAAACGAAGGGCAAGACGCUGGAGCAGAUGGACGAGGUCUUUGGAGACUUUGCUGCGCAAGAGGAGAAGGAGAUCAUGAGGCAACAUAUGGCACAGACCAGGGCCACCAUGGUUUCUGAGGUGUGA